GCCGUAGUCUGUCCGCGUGUCGGUCACUUUUAUCCUUUUCACGCCGAUGAUAGGAACUAUCCUCUCUCUUUUCUCCUAUUUCUCCCCAGUCAUGGACAAGUACAUGGAGCGAACCUUCAUUGCCAUCAAGCCCGAUGGAGUGCACAGAGGACUCAUUGGCGAUAUCAUGAAGAGGUUCGAACAGAAGGGAUUCAAACUUGUUGCGGCCAAAUUUAUGCAGGCGAGUGAGGAUCAUCUAAAGGUUCACUACAAGGACCUUUCUAGUAAACCAUUUUUCACUGGACUCGUCAAGUACAUGGCUUCUGGACCUGUUUUUGCCAUGGUGUGGGAGGGAUUGAAUGUGGUGAAGACUGGACGUAACAUGUUGGGAGCAACCAAUCCAGCUGAUUCCAGUGCUGGAACCAUCCGUGGUGAUUACUGCGUACAGGUUGGCAGGAACAUCUGUCAUGGUAGUGACUCAGUGGAAAGCGCAAAACAUGAGAUCGCACUGUGGUUCAAACCAGAAGAAUUGGUCCGUUGGAAACCCGCACAGCAGGAUUGGAUCUAUGAGGAUAGUUUCUAAAUUUCAAAUUAGCCCUCACAAUAAUGCUUUGCCUGCAAGGUCUUAUUACUAAACUGUUCAGAAGCAGUCAGCAUCUCUUCAUGAAAUGUUGGAGAUGAAUUCCAAGCCGGUGGAAAAUUUGUUCUUUACACAAAUUCCAUCAACCGGUUUUCCAGGCAUUUUGUCAGCAGUGCAAGACCACAAAUUUACAUUGCAUAUGUAGACAAUUUAUCAAUUAUGAAUUUUAUGCUGUAACUAAAUCAAAGAAUAAUAAAUUUCUCUCGCAUGUAUGUGGAAACGA